AUGGCGAGCACAGCUGGUCAGGUCAUCAAAUGCAAAGGUUCGACUUUCUCCCGUUGUUUAGUGUUUCAUUGUUUUGUUGUGUCAAGCAGACAGAGCAAUGUUUCCCCCCAUUUUCUGGGGGCACAUAGAUUCUUCCUGUCUUCGCGAAGCCCUGAGGGGGACGGAAAUUACCUUUCGUGGGUGGAUAUCCCGCUCGGAAGUUCUUCUCCUUCUUAGCCAAAGCUGCAAAUUUGUCCUUACUUCUCUGGCCUGAUGUUGCAGCUGCGGUUGCCUGGGAGGCGGGGAAGCCGCUGGUUAUCGAAGAGGUGGAGGUAGCUCCACCGCAGGCCAUGGAGGUGCGCGUGAAGAUCCUCUUCACCUCCCUCUGCCACACUGACGUCUACUUCUGGGAGGCCAAGGUACGGUUUUCCUCCAUAAUAUCUCCAGCAGACGGCGACCCCAUGAAGGUCUCUCGGUCGAUCGAUCGCGGUGAUUGACGUGGGCGGUGAUUGACGUGGUCUGGUUUUGUGGCAUUGUAGGGUCAGACACCCGUGUUCCCCCGAAUUUUGGGCCACGAAGCAGCAGGGUAUGCCCCCCCCCGCUCAAUUCCCUUCACAUCUUCGGUCUCCUUCCCAAAUAGUCUUCUUCUUCUUCAUCAUCAUCAGUCUCUCCAUAUGGACUUAAUUUCGGUGUAUUGGUGUUGAUGGUGAGCAGGAUCGUGGAGAGCGUGGGAGAAGGCGUGACGGAUGUGCAGCCGGGAGACCACGUGCUCCCGGUGUUCACGGGAGAGUGUAAGGAGUGCGACCACUGCAAAUCGGAGGAGAGCAACAUGUGCAGUCUGCUGAGGAUCGACCCUGACCGCGGUGUAAUGAUCGGGGACGGGAAGUCAAGGUUCUCCAUCAACGGGAAGCCCAUCUACCACUUUCUCGGCACCUCCACUUUCAGCGAGUACACCGUGGUGCACGUGGGCUGCCUGGCGAAGAUAAACCCGCUGGCCCCCUUGGAAACGGUCUGCGUGCUCAGCUGCGGGAUCUCCACAGGUGCGGCCUUAUUCUUCUUCUGCCCAAUUUCUCUAGUUAAAAAAAAAGGAGCAUAGCCUUGGAAGGUGUUCACACCAUCUUCUUCAUCUUCCAAUUUUGGAAAUUAUAUCUUUUCUUAAUACCAUAAAUGUUUUUAUCAAAAUUUUGAAGGUUUCGGCGCGACGGUGAAUGUGGCCAAACCGAAGAAGGGAUCGUCAGUUGCUGUAUUCGGAUUGGGAGCCGUGGGCCUUGCCGUGAGUGUCUCGCUCUGUUCCUUUAUCUGUUACUCUGUAUAGUGGAUGGUUUUCGUUCUCUUCUCCCCAUUCGAUUAGAUGAUGACAUUAGAAUGGUAACAAACAGGCUGCGGAGGGGGCGAGGGUCUCAGGAGCUUCAAGGAUCAUCGGUGUGGACUUGAACUCGGACAGAUUCGAGCAAGGUGUGUGUCCAAUCUUUUUUUAAAUCAAUUGGAUUUCGGGUGAUGAUAUGAACAACAGAGUUUAAGACAUUUUCAUUGCUUUCAUCACCAGCUAAGAAGUUCGGCGUGACGGAGUUUGUGAACCCAAAAGAUCACGACAGACCCGUUCAAGAGGUUCGCUUUCUAUAUCACACUUUAACAUUUCCGAGCUUAGCAUCGUGCCGUUGACUGCGGUUUCUAAAGUGUGAGUCCUGUGGUCUGUGGUAACAGGUGAUCGCCGAGAUGACCGGCGGCGGAGUAGACCGAAGUGUGGAGUGCACGGGCAACAUCAACGCCAUGAUUUCCGCAUUCGAAUGCGUCCACGAUGUACUUUCCCUUGAUAUCUCUCAAUCGCUGGGGUUUCAUAAACGGAAAUCUAUCCUUAUUUCACGGUCUCUAAUCUUAUCUGGUUGACGUCACGAUCGCAGGGCUGGGGAGUCGCUGUGUUGGUCGGUGUGCCUCACAAGGAUGACGUAUUCAAGACCUCCCCAGUAAAUUUCUUGUGUGAGCGGACUCUCAAGGGCACCUUCUACGGGAACUACAAGCCUCGCAGUGAUAUCCCCGGUGUGGUGGAGAAGUACAUGAACAAGGUAAGGGAACUCGGUUUCACGUUGCCGCUUCAGUUGUGGUGGUGGGGUUGAGUCAUCCUUGAGGCAGGUGUUCGCUAAAAAAUGUGGGCCUGUUUCUAUGGUUGAUUGUGCAGGAGAUGGAGCUGGAGAAGUUCAUCACCCACGAGGUCCCCUUCUCCGAGAUCAACAAGGCGUUUGAUUUAAUGUUCAGAGGAGAAGGCCUGCGCUGCCUCAUUCGCAUGGAAAACUGA